CGAAGGGGGGCUUUCCAACUGAGACAUCAACAGCCAGAAGAAUGAGCGGCGGCUCCAUUUUGCUAUGUUCCCAUCUCGAUUUAAAAAAACAUUUACUUUAAUAUUGUUUUUACGAUGUCAGCUACUGAUAAAAUACUCUAGCUGCCUAUUUUAAAAACGGAGUUCGGUCGUUUUCAUUGUAAGCGGUUACAUUGUGUUGUUCGCCUUCAUGAACGUGCCAUUCACCGAAGCUCCACUUAUAACAUUGUAGCUCCUGAAAAACGACGUUGCAUUUGUCAACGUUACAGAUCUGAUUCAUGUCAUGUCAGCAGGGCGGAAUGCGGACGUGCGGGAGCUGCAGAUCCCCCUCCAGCAUCGCUCUCCCUCCCUGGCUGCUCUCUCUCUGGCCCAGCGCCCCUGGCCCAGCGACCCCGAGGCAGGCUUCUUACCCCAGCACGGGGGCUUCUGGGACCACUUCAUAGCCACCCCAGAGCCCAAAUACUGCUGUGAGGCCUGCAGGCUAGUGCUCUGCAACCCCAGGCAGACAGAGUGUGGACACCGCUUCUGUGAAACCUGCAUCUCCGAGCAGCUAAGCAAACCAAAUCCAGUAUGUCCAGCAGAUAUGGAGCCUCUGUUCAAAGACAAGAUCUUCCGUGAUGUGUGCUGCCAUAGAGAGAUCAUGGCUCUGAGAGUGUACUGCAGGAGUGAGAAGAAUGGCUGUAAGGAGCAGAUGAGUCUACAUCAGGUCAUGGAUCAUUUGAAUGUGUGUCCGUAUUUUGAGGUGCCAUGCCCUUUAGGAAAGUGCAAAGAGAAGAUGAUGCGCAAAGACAUUCCUGAGCACUUGAGUUGGAAAUGUAAACACAGAGAGACCACCUGUGAAUUCUGCAUGCACAAGAUGGCCAUGACUGAAUUACAGAAACACAAAGAAACCAUGUGUCCUUCAUGUCCGGUGGCCUGCCCCAAUCAUUGUCAUUUUCCCUCCAUCUUACGGAGCGAGCUGACAAGUCAUCAACAUGUGUGCCCCAAGGCUCAUGUCACCUGCUCCUUUAUCCGCUUUGGAUGCAAUUUCAAGGGUCUCAACCAAGACAUGAGGGAUCAUGAAUCAAGCUUUGCCUCUGAACACCUGCGGCUGAUGGCAACCAGGAACACUACGCUGGAGGCCAAGAUGGAGGAUGUUAAAGGAGAGCUUCUGGAGCGGUACAAGGUUCUGCCAGGCCUAAGCAGCCGUCUGUCUGAAACAGAGUCUCAGUACGAGGAGAUGAGGGAGAAUAACAGACAGCUGGAGCUGAAGCUCACUACCAUGCAGAACUUGAUGAGUUCCCACUCUGAGAAGCUUUUGGAGAUGGAGCUGGAGCUGAGGUCUCUGAGGACCAUCCGAGAGGAGGUGGAAACACUACGAGGCACCGUGGAGAGCAUUCGUUCCAGGGUUGCAACGCUAGAGGGAGGAAGGGGCGGGGCCAUCCCAGCCACACACACACUAGGUUCUUUAGAGACACAGCUCUCCCGUCAGGACGACAUGCUGAGUGUCCACGAGAUCCGCUUGGCCGACAUGGACCUGCGCUUCCAGGUCCUAGAGACGGCCUCCUUCAAUGGGACGCUCAUCUGGAAAAUCCGUGACUACAAGCGGCGGAAACAAGAAGCCGUGGCGUCAAAGACCCUGUCUCUCUACAGCCAGCCUUUCUACACUGGAUACUUUGGCUACAAGAUGUGUGCCCGGGUCUACCUGAACGGAGACGGCAUGGGGAAAGGAACCCACCUGUCUCUGUUCUUUGUGGUGAUGCGUGGCGAGUACGAUGCCCUGCUGCUAUGGCCCUUUAAGCAGAAGGUGACUCUGAUGCUGAUGGACCAGGGCCCAGCCAGGAAGCACCUAGGGGAUGCCUUCAAACCAGACCCCAACAGCAGCAGCUUCAGACGACCCACGGCAGAGAUGAACAUAGCCUCGGGCUGCCCGCUGUUCGUGGCCCAGACUGUGCUGGAGAACGGUACUUACAUCAAGGAUGAUACCAUCUUCAUUAAGGUCACAGUGGACACAUCUGACCUCCCUGACCCUUGACCCCUGGUCUGUAGAGAACAGCAGAUGUAUCUGGAUCAGGGUGCCCUUAUGUGAGAGAGAUUGCAAAAGAUGGGAUGGAGAGAGCAGAAAGAAGGAUGGAGAACAUGAAAAUAAGUUAGAAUAAGAGGAAGGUUUCUUUGCAGAUCUCAAGGUGCAGCCUAAGCCUGCAGAAAGAGCUGGGUGGACCUCAGAGCAGUUGCCUUUGGUGCCUGUGUUGCUCACCAGAUAGGUGAGAGAAGGACAUUGUUAUUUUUCAACCAGGCUGAAUGUUAAAAAAUCUAAGGAAUGCCUAUAUUACUCACAGCAGGGAGAGGUAUAAAUGGCAAUGGAUAGUGGAUCAUUCUAACCCAAGUUAUCAGGAUGCAACCAUCAUCAAACUACAUGGACCCAGUGUGUGUGUGUGUGUGUGUGUGUGUGUGUGUGUGUGUGUGUGUGUGUGUGUGUGUGUGUGUGUGUGUGUGUGUGUGUGCGUGUGUGUGUGUGUGUGCGUGUGUGUGUGUGUGUGUGUGUGUGUGUGUGUGUGUGUGUGUGUGUGUGUGUGUGUGUGUGUGUGUGUGUGUGUGUGUGUGUGUGUGUGUGUGUGUGUGUGUGUGUGUGUGUGUGGCAAUCUACCAGAACUAAAAAUCAUAUAGAAUGGAGAUAGUGAAUAUAUUUCAGUAGACGUUAAUACUUUCUGCCUUGAAGAACAUGGGACAGUGCAUCAUCCAACACAAGUCGAGGUGUGGAGAUAGUUGUCCCGUGCCCAACUAUCUUCUGUAAUAGCAAAUAUCUCUGAGAACUCAUUACUUGGCGUUGAUGAAACAUGUCUACAUUAAAGGCAGAAGAUACAAUCCCACAUGACAUGUUGAAUAAGGAGAUACAAUGCAAUAUGUGGUUGUGUAUGUUGUUUGUAUUGCUGGUGAAGUUUGGUUGUAUUAUUGCAUUGUUAAAGUACAGAAUGUAACGUACAGUAUGUAUGUUUCUAGUCUUGUGAUUGUGUUGGAGAAAGUUGUUGAUUGACAAGCUUUUAUUAACAGGUGUUGUGUGAGCAGUAGGGUGUGUCUUGUGUGCAGGCUCUUAUUUCAGAUUUGGUUUUAGUGGAUCUGGUCUGCAUCUGAAAUGUCAUUCUGCUACCUAUAUUGUGCACUACUGUUGGCCAGAGCUGUACAAAAGUAGUGCACUAUAUAGGGAUUUGGGUGCCAUUUCAGACACAGACAUAGGAAUGGAUACACACCGGUACAGCAAUGCCACUGUCUCGCAGAGUUAAGAAUAAGACUAGCCUUUCAUUUUGAAGAUCUAUAAAGAUCUGUAAAUUACUUCUAUACUGCUUUUUGUAACUUACACAUUGUUUUGUAAUGUUCAGAACAGAUGCUGUGCAUCAUAUUUUUUUGUAACAGUUGGGAAAACAAAAUGCCUCAUUAAAACUCCAACCAUGUUGAUUGAGCUGAGACAAAGUGACAGUGACUUUUUUUCAUGAUGGUUGAUGGAGAAUGUUAUUUGCACAAGUUAUGUUUGAAUGUGUAUUAAUAAAAUUGUUCAACAAAA